GCGUUUCAUAUAAAAAAUAAAAUAAGUUAACCUUUGAACUGAUACACUCAAAAAUAUCAAAAGUUACUUCAAAUAAGAUUAUAAUUUGUCAACAAAAAUUGCAUGAGAAUUUUAAUUUUAUUUAUUAUUUUAAAAAUUCAUAAAAAAGUUUUUUAAUUAUUUUAAAAAUGUACGCAUUUAAACCACAUGUUUUUACUGAACAUUCGCCGAAUAGUAUUGCGAAGCCUGAAGGAAGAAUGAAAUCAAAAAUUCGAUGCGAUGGUAAAAAUUUGUAUAUUUACAAUGGUAAGGAUCCAACUGUUGUAGAUUACCGAGAUCUGUCAGAUGAUCUUUUAUUCGUUGCAACGAAACCUGAAUUCCGGGAUAUCUGGGUGUACAAUUUAGCUGGGCAGCAAUGGAGAUUAAUGAGGAAUGAAAGUAAUUUACCAGAUAACAAUGAUUUAAUUUUUGGUACCAUUUUUGAAUCAAAUUAUUUAGUUAUUUGCACAAUACGAGUACCUUUUAAUGACGAGCUGUCAAGUCGCAAAUGUCGAUUACAUAUUUGCGAUUUAAUUACCGAAAGUGUACUCGUCCAGGGGACAAGUGGCCAAAUUCCAUAUCCUUCAUUCGCACUUAAUUUAAUUCGCCAUGGAAAACAUUUUUAUACUGUCGGAAUCACAAGAGAUCUUGAAGAAUUUUCUGAUGUAUAUAAACUGAAUAUGGAAAAUGGAGUGUGGGAAGUUGUCUAUAGCUGUCGUGGACUUGAUUCCAAUGAACCGAUUGGUAGAUCAGGUCAUACUUUAGUUUAUGGGAACAGUAUGAUCUAUAUAUUUGGUGGUGCUGGUGAUGGUCCUGGACUUGAUGCAUUUUCUUUUGUCAAAAUUUCGGCGUUUGACUUAGAAAACUGCUGCUGGAAAGUAGUAGAGACUCAUGGUGAUGAGAAUUACAUACCGCACUACCCAACUGAAAGAGAAGACUUCGGGGUGACGAGUUACACUGACCCAGAUUCGGGUGAAAUAAAUGUGGUAGUAUCUGGAGGAACAGUUGAUCAUAAUGAUGCCUUCAAUGAUGUCUGGAGUCUGAAUCUCUCAAGUUUAAAAUGGACAUGUCUUGAGAGAUUUGGUACUGUCUUACCUUGUUAUGUUGAUAGUCAUUCAAUGACUAUUUCUCCUGCUGGAAAAUUAUUCACAUUCGGUGGAUAUAUUUUCAAUAAUGAUAUGGAACAAGGAACUUGUUCUUCUUCUUUAAACUCAACUUGGCUCAGAAUCCCCAAUCUCACAGACAUUUGUUGGGAAGCAGUUUUCCAUUACUAUCCAGACCUGAAAUCAAUGACUGAUGAAGAAAUUAUUUCCCUCGGCAUUCCACCGCAAUUACUCAAGUCGCGUAUUCAUUGAUUAAAUAUUUAUAAGUAAAUUUAGUGUAUUUAUUUUUUUAUUUAUAACACUAGCGCUAAAUAUUGUAAUGGUCAUAAAUUUAUUUUAAUUUAAAUUAAUUAUUUCAGUCGACCAAUUGCUGAUAAAUCUUUUAAGAAUACAGUACAAAUUUUUUUAUAUUGAAAAAUUUUCUCUAUAAAUAUUUGAGAUAAACAAUUCAAUAGUUAAAUUAUUUUUAAAGUUUACUGUUAUUUUUUUAUAAUA